UGACAGAGCUAUAAAAUCCAGCCGCAACUAUGGUAACAGGACUAGCGCGCAUGCUCAGUACUGCCUUUGUGUGUCUGACUGCAGAGCCAACUAGCUCGAUAGCAGCAUCGGCUAGCCUCAAACAUUUAGACGACACAGAGGUAGCUAGCAGGUUAGCCGUCCAGCUAAUCAUGGUGAAUGUAAAGAAGCGGAAAGGUCGAGUCGUAAUUGACUCGGACUCCGAGGACAGUGCUAGUGACGAUAAUUUAGAUCAGGAGCUCUUGUCUUUGGCAAAGAGGAAGAGGGUUGAUUCGGGGGACCAGGAAGAGCCGGUUAGCAAACCUGCCGCUUCUACAGACUCCGAGACAUCGGAUAGUGAUGAUGAGUGGACUGUGGGUGGCACCAAAGGCAAAAAGAAGGUUAAGCAAGGGAAAGGGUCUGAGAAGAAGAACGCUACUAAGAAGAAGGUUCAUAAAACAACGGCGUCUGGCAGCUCAGAUGGAGACAGCUCAGCUGAGAGCUCUGCACCGGAAGAGGGCGAGGUGUCCGAUUCGGAGAGCAACAGCUCGUCCUCCAGCUCCGACUCGGACUCCUCUGAGGACGAGGUGUUCAGGGACGGCUAUGACGACGACCUGAUGGGAGACGCGGAGGACAGAGCUCGGCUGGAGCAGAUGACGGAGAAGGAGAGAGAGCAAGAGCUGUUCAACAGAAUCGAGAAGAGGGAGGUGCUCAAGAGACGUUUUGAAAUAAAGAAGAAGCUAAAGACGGCAAAGAAGAAGGAGAAAGAGGAGAAGAAAAAGAAGCAGGAGGAGGAACAAGAAAAGAGGAAGCUAUCUCAGGUUCAAGACACACAAGUGGUCAUGUCACACAACAAGGAGAGACGAUCCAAACGCGACGAAAAACUGGACAAGAAGUCCCAGGCCAUGGAAGAGCUCAAAGCUGAACGCGAGAAGAAGAAAAACAAAACAGCGGAGCUGCUGGCCAAACGUCAGCCCCUUAAGACGAGUGAGGUUUACUCUGACGACGAGGAGGAAGAGGAGGAAGACGAUGACAAGUCAUCAGUGAAAAGUGAUCGGAGUUCCCGUUCAUCGUCCUACGAUGACGAUGAAGAAAAGAAAAAACUCCCCCCAAAGUCGCAGCCCGUUUCACUCCCCAGUAAGCUAAACCGGGGCCCCCUGCCCCAGACAAAAGCGGGGACGGGGGUUUCCACUGCCCUUUUUUGGGCUAAGCCUGGGACUGGUUUCUUUGACAUUGUUUUUGAUUUAUCAUCCAGCUACAUCAAUCAGAGGAACAGAAGCUGGAACAUCGUUGAAUCUGAGAAAGCCCUCGUGGCUGAAGGACAAAAUGCCAAAAACCAACAAAUGGACCCGUUCACACGAAGACAGUGCAAACCCACCAUGGUGUCUAAUGCCAGAGACCCGUCCGUCCACGCAGCCAUUCUUGCCCACCUGAACCAGAAGUACGGCUCUGGGUCAGCACAAGAUCCACAAGGCGCUGACAAAGACAAACUGGGUCUACCAAACUCAAAAGACAAAGAUGGCCCCAAGCCAAACACUGACCUCUCAGAGGACUUGUUUAAAGUUCACGAUUUUGACGUUAAGAUUGACCUACAGGUUCCUAAUGCCGAGGCAAAGUCUUUGUCCGUGAGUUCCAACGCGCUGCCGGUGAAAGACGGCGCUCCCCGCAGGUCCCUCAACCUGGAAGACUACAAGAAGAGAAGGGGGCUGAUCUGAUGUGGUGGUCCAUCAGUCAGUAAC